CUGUAUAUAUGACCGUGGCCAUAUUAAUCUUUAAAAAAUUUCAAUUAUCUUCAGAUGCAACGUAAAUAUUUUAAGAUUAAAUGAUGGGAUCGGUAUUAAGAUCCUUAAAUUUAUGGUUUAUUCGCGCUUUAUAAGAAUAUUGAAAAAUAAAUAUAGUGUUAUGUUUUAAAAAAUACUUAUAACCUUGAAAUUUUGCAAAAAAAACAAUCAUGAGAAAAAUCUAUUUUCACCAUUAUGUGUACCCUUGAAAUGGUGUAACUUUGCCUUGAAAAGAUUUUUUAUAUAGCGAUAAAUAAAGCAGAUGUUAGGUGAUCCUAUUUAUCUGGUCCACUUUGUAUAUGAUAUAUAUACAUUUACACGUAUUGUAUACGCACACAUGCGCUGAUAGAGAUGAUAUUAAGUGAAAAUUUGACAUCGGAAUAAUACGGACUCAGCUGUCACUUUCUUGAAUAAUUUUAAUGUAUAGUUUUGUAAUUUAAAACGUGACGUUAAGAGAUGAUGUCCGAAAGAGAUUAUGCGCCACUUAGUGCUGCUUGUGUACGUUCUCUUAAUGAUAAACUUUAUGAAAAACGAAAAGCAGCUGCUUUAGAAAUAGAAAAAAUGGUAAAAGAAUUUGCUGCACACAAUAAUACCGUUCAAAUAAAACGAUUAUUAAAAGUAUUAGGCCAAGAUCUUGCUACAUCACAAAAUCCGCAUACAAGAAAAGGUGGUUUAAUAGGUCUUGCAGCAAUAGCAGUAGGAUUGGGAAAAGAUACUGGUCAAUAUAUAGAAGAUUUAAUUCACCCUAUCCUAGCUUGUUUCUGUGAUUCUGAUUUACGUGUAAGAUAUUAUGCUUGUGAAAGCUUAUACAAUGUAGUGAAAGUAGCAAGAGGUGCUGUAUUGCCACAAUUUACAGAUAUUUUUGCAGCACUUAGUAAAUUAGCUUGUGACUCAGAACAAAGUGUAAAAAAUGCUACUGAGUUACUUGAUAGACUAAUGAAGGAUAUUGUAACUGAGAGUGGUCUAUUUGAUCUAGUUGGAUUUAUGCCUUUAUUACGAGAACGCAUUUAUACUAAAAAUCCAUUUGGUAGGCAGUUUGUAAUAGCUUGGGUGUCUGUCUUAGAUGCUGUCCCCAACAUGGAUUUUAUCAUAUUUUUGCCUGAAAUUCUUGAUGGUUUAUUUAGAAUAUUAGAGGAUCCAAUGCCAGAAAUUAAGAAAGUUACAGACACAGUUCUGGGUGAAUUUUUAAGAAGUAUAAAGGCUAGUCCUGGAAGAGUAGAUUUUCCAGGAAUGAUAAAUAUCUUAAUUACACAUGCCCAAAGUACAGAUGAAUUAUUACAAUUAACAGCAAUUACAUGGAUUAAGGAAUUUGUACAAUUAUCAGGUCCUCUUAUGCUUCCUUAUAUGUCUGGUAUUCUUAUAGCAGUAUUACCAUGUUUAGCAUAUGAUGGAGAUACUAGAAAAAGUAUUAAAGAAACUGCAACACAAGUGAAUAUGAACUUGAUGAAAUUAAUAACUAUGGAAAAUAAAGAAGUUGUAUAUAAUGCUAGUGAAACUGGUGCUCAAACUCAAAAAGAUUCUAGUCAAACUUAUUCCCUAGCUGAAAGUUUAGAUUUAUCUAGUGUUGUUGAAGUGUUAACAAAACACUUAAUGUAUAUAUCAGUCCAAACAAAAGUUGCUGUUUUAAAAUGGAUUCAUCAUUUGUUCAUAAACAUUCCACAUAAAAUGUUUAAUCAUAUAGAAAAUUUGUUCCCAAUUUUAAUGAAGUCUUUAAGUGAUAAUUCAGAUGAAGUGGUGCAACAAACAUUAGUUGUAAUGGCUGAAAUAAUUAGCUCAAAAUCACCUGAAGCGGCAAUUCCAGAUUCAAAUGCAGAAAUGCAAAACAAAUAUUUUACAAAAUUUAUUGUAAAUUUAUUAAGAAUAUUUUCAACAGACAGACAUUUAUUAGAAGAAAGAGGAGCUUUUAUUAUUAGAGAAUUAUGUGUAUUAUUAAGUGCUGAAGAUAUUUAUAAAACAUUAGCAAAAAUAUUGUUGGAGGAACCAAAUUUAAAUUUUGCAUGUACAAUGAUACAAACUUUAAACGUUAUACUAUUAACAAGUUCAGAAUUAUUUGAUUUGCGCAAUAAACUUAAAGAUUUAGAUUCUGUAGAAAGUUGCGAAUUGUUCAAAUGUUUAUAUGUAUCCUGGUGUCACAAUCCUGUUGCAACUGUAGCACUGUGCCUUUUAUCGCAACAUUAUGAACAUGCAUGUAAUAUUAUUCGAUCAUUCGAAAAUAUAGAAGUAACUGUCGAAUUUCUUACUGAAAUAGAUAAAUUGGUACAACUGAUCGAGUCUCCAAUAUUUACUUAUUUGAGAUUACAACUUCUAGAAAGGGAAGAAAAUGAUGCUUUAGUAUAUGCACUUUAUGGUCUGCUUAUGAUUCUUCCUCAAAGUGAAGCAUAUGCAACUUUACAAAGACGUUUAGCAGCAAUUCCACCAACAACAAAAUCUAUACCAAAAACAGUAUCGAGGUCAAAAUCAUUUAAAGAUACAUUUAAUUUCCCUGAAUUAUUGAAACAUUUUCACACUACUCAAGAACAACAUAAAGAACAAAAACGUAAACUGCGAUUAACAAAUUUAACAGAAAGAAAUACAAAUCAUGCAGACAUAUAAAUAACAUUUUUAUAAUAUUAAAUUUUAAAUAAUUAUAAAUAAUAAUUUAUGUGAUAGUAAACUUGUGUAUAUGUAUAUAUACACAGAUGGAUACAUACUUUUAAACUUUGUUAUUGUAUGAAUUACUUGUCAAAAGAAAUUUACACAUUUUUAUGAUAUUUUCUUUUUAUUACAAAAUUAUGAUAUAUUAUCAAAAUAAAUUGUUUUUUCAUAAUAUUUAAUAUAUACAGUUAACUUUACAAUUACUAUUUAUUGGCUUUGUACAUAUAAGUACAUCAAAACGAUAAAUAGAAUAAAUGUAUUGGUAUUUACAGUC